UUUGGUUUUGGUCCCUCAGUUCAUAUUUUAUUAUUAUUGUUUUUUUCUUUUAUUAUUCAUCCUUAAUUCCUCCUUUAUUUAUAUUUUAGUGCUUAACUGGUUGGCAACGAGCAGAGCAGUGGAGAUAUCUUCUUGUCUUUUCGCAGAGACCCUUGUCAAAUUUUUUAUUACGAAUUGGUCCCUGGAUGGAGAGGAAGCAAGGGUUCUUCGCCGUGUUGAAGGAGGAGGUAGUGCGAGGGCUCUCGCCGUCGAGGGCGAGGAGAGCGUCGCCGGUGGCGGGAAUGCUGCAGCCGCGGAGAAGAAGAGGAAUGCUGCGGCAGCCGUUGGCGGACCCGGGGUUAGUAGCGAGAUCGGGGAACUUGAGGCCAUAUGGUGAGGCUCUGGCACCAUUGAUGGAGGGCCCGGAUCCGGAGGAUGGCGGUGGAGGGGUGGGCGGUGCCGGGGAUGGGCGGAGGGAAGGGUGGGGGCAGUGGGUACGUGGCCAGCUCUCGCGGGCGCCGUCGAUGUCGGGUGGGGCUGGGUCGUCGUCUUGCCGGCCGUCUGAUCUCCGGUUGCUGCUUGGAGUGAUGGGGGCGCCGCUUGCGCCGGUUCAUGUUACCUCCGGCGAGCCUUUGCCUCAUCUUAGCAUCAAAGAUACUCCCAUUGAGACUUCAUCUGCGCAGUAUAUACUGCAGCAAUACUCUGCAGCAUCAGGAGGACUGAAGCUGCAGAGUUCGAUUCGGAAUUCAUAUGCAAUGGGGAAAGUUAGGAUGUUAGCUUCAGAGUUUGAGACUGCGAACAAAGUCAUGAAAACCCGGGGCUCGUCUCGUGCCGCUGAGUCUGGUGGCUUUGUUCUUUGGCAGAUGGCGCCGGACAUGUGGUAUGUUGAGCUUGCUGUUGGUGGUAGUAAGGUUCAUGCAGGCUGCAAUGGCAAGCUUGUUUGGCGCCACACUCCGUGGCUCGGUACUCAUGCUGCUAAAGGCCCUGUCAGACCUCUCCGUCGAGCUCUUCAGGGUCUUGAUCCGUUGACAACGGUAAGCAUGUUUGCGAAUGCUCGAUGUAUUGGAGAAAAGAAGGUGAAUGGAGAGGAUUGCUUCAUACUCAAGCUCUGCGCCGAUCCUCAAACAUUGAAAGCGAGGAGCGAGGGUCCUGCUGAAAUAAUAAGGCAUGUGUUGUUUGGAUACUUCAGCCAGCGAUCCGGGCUUCUUGUUCACAUGGAGGAUUCACAUCUGACACGAAUUCAAUCCAAUUCUGGUGGUGAUGCAGUUUACUGGGAGACGACCAUUAAUUCGUUUCUUGAUGACUAUAGUCCCGUGGAAGGGAUAAUGAUUGCUCAUUCAGGCCGGUCAGUAGUCACAUUGUUCAGGUUCGGUGAAAUGGCCAUGAGUCACACAAAGACAAGGAUGGAAGAAGCAUGGACCAUCGAAGAGGUGGCAUUCAAUGUCCCUGGCCUUUCGAUGGACUGUUUCAUCCCUCCGGCCGACAUUAGAUGUGGAUUAAUAAGUGAAGCAUCUGAACUUCCUCAGAGAGACAGAGGUAAGACUAUCAUGCCUGGGAGUCAUCGAUCGAAGGUUGCUGCACACAAUGACGAUAACAUAGUGUGGAGAGUCGAAGUCUAGUUUUAUCAGUGCUACCUAAGAUUGCAAACAAAUCGAAUUGUCUAUAUAACUCACUGACUAUGAAGAUUUAGACAAGCAACAGUCAUAACUUUGUAGGGAAGCACCUGUUGCCCUGUUUUUUGCUUUCUUCAGGGUGCUGCCUUUCUAUUUGGUUGGUGUUUGUGAUUCAGUAGUUAAGAUUGAGGUCUAAAAACUCAAUGCACCCUCAUUGUAUAACUAAAUUUAAAUUUGGGUUUUUAUUAUGUCAUAUUGUUAA